CUUAUAGUGAUGGCCUGUUCAUGAAUAAAUUCCUGCUUCAAAGUUUCACCACGACAGGUGCCAGGCGUCCAGUGUUUGGCAAGACCCAGCUACGCUAGCACAAUGGCAGCGCCGCAGCAACAAUCACAAGGAACACAAAGCAACGGCAAACAGCGCACCUUCCCCUCUGUCGACAAUCAAGCAAGAGACCAUCACAAGUCUACUCUACUAGCUAGCCAGCAAACUGGAUAGGUCCAUAGCAAAAGUGCCUCGCGGACACUGCAGAGCUUGGAAGCACUCCUACGGGUCCCUACCUCAAGAGUGCGCUUAGCCACCAGAAGAUUGAAACCAGAGGAACCAGACCAAUUAUUUUCGAAGCAACCAGCGCAGACGUCCCUCGUCGCACACUCGACUCAGUACACGUCCUAGCUAGCGUUUGCUAUUCAACGACCUUGAAGGACUUGAAGGGAGCGAUGUGGCUUUGAAGAACAGUACUUGGCUCAUUGUUGUUGACUUUCCCAAGCACCCCACCCGAAAUACCCUUGUUCGCGCAGUAGGGUUAGGGUUUUCGUUUUUGCGGAAUUGAGUUUCCCAGAAGCAACGGCGGAUCAAUAGAGCGAGAGAAAGGCAAAGAGGAGGUUUCCAGAGCUGGCUACUAGUCUAGCAGUAAACCUCAGUCAACAACUAACUUGAAGAGCAAGAUGGCGAGCGUGGCAUCAUCAGUAUCAGCUGGAAUCGAUGGAGUUGGUCCCCAAGAAGAAUUGGAAUCCUGGGGACCUCUUCCUCUUGGGGAGAACUCAGUUCCAACAGCAAGACAAUCCACCCACAAUACUGCGUCUGUAUCGAGUUCCUCUGCUGCGUCUUUUUCAGCAGGAACGACGAGCUCCAGAUCAUUAGCAGGCUACAGUACCACAUCCAGUGGACUGGAUGGUGCUACCAUAGAGUCAGACACUUCCUUGGCUCUGGACCAGAAUGCGCUCUUUUUAGCUCAUGUACAUGAUGCUUACAGCUUGUCAGAGUCCAUGUCCACGCCAUCCAUUGGACCUGCAGCCCAUAGGCAACUUCAGCAUCAACAGAGAAGAAGCACUACCAGUUUGCAGUAUUCCAACUCGAGCAACCCCAGCCAUCCAACAAAUAAUGCUGCUGGAUCAUCCGCUGCCUCCUCCUCCGAUGGAUCUGGCAACAACAGUAGUAGUGCCUGGAAUAAUACCAAUACCACCACAACCACUUCCACAUUCAGUUUUCCCACUGUCACGGCGUCGUCUCGAAAUUCAUCCGCCGCUCCAAGAGGUGCCGUCAAUUCGGAAGACGCGACCUACGAUGGAUCCACCAUUGGCUAUGCCGCUUCGGUUGUCUCGAUACCCUCCCAAGUGCUGCCAGCUCCAACGACACUCGAGAAUGCCGUGUCGGGCCUUACCAACGCCAUGCCAACAUCCAACAUGAUUGAUCCAUCGCAUGACGAGGAGUUUCUUCUCAAUGUUCACAACAACUAUGACGACAAUAACAGCACCAAUCAUUCCUUGGUGGCCUUGCCCACUACAGAGCUGAGGGCACGCACCACAACGUCCUCCUCGUUAACAACUCUCAGCACGACCAUGGCCAAUCACGCGUUUCAUUACGAACAUGCUCGUUCGUUACUGGCAGCAUCCGAAGGACAUUCCAGUGGAUCGUCGUCUGUUACCGUGCACAGUCUUCAGCAGCAACAACAACAACAUCUACACGACGACCUCAAUAAUAGUAGUAGUUUGCAAGACACGAUUGCGGCGGCCACCUUUCAGGCGGACGAAGAUGCCAAACUCAAGGCUGCCAGCGAAUUUAUUCCACCGCCACCCGUGGCACGAGCUGCCGAUGAGGAGGAGGACGUUGGAGAAUCGUUGCAGGAAUUAGAGGAUAUGGUAUUGGCCAAACGAGGCGUAGCAAUGUCAGCGGCGGCUUUGCCACCCGAACGACACAAGCAAGACGACAACAGCGAUUCCUUUAGUACGCAACAACGAGAGCUUGAAGAAAAAUUGGCCGGAACAAGUGGUGGUAAUAGUACAGCAGCAGCAGCAGCAUUUGAUCCACAUCGUUUAUUGCAGGGAAUCGGUGCCUUGCCAGUCGUACAAGAACAAUCCAUUUUGGAGGAAUUGGAUGCACUGAAUCGAUCCUCUUCACAAGAAGAUCCCUAUAAUGUGGCGCGACGAAGAGCUACAUUUGUGCGACCCGGAGCGUACCAUCAGGCACCCGGACAAGUGGCCAUUCGUCGGGCACGAUCCAGAGCCGAUUCGUUGCCCGGGACGGAUGCUGCGAGUGCCACCAGUCUGCUGCGACACACAUCCAACGCGACAACCGUGUCCGACGUUUCCUCCAUUGGCAUGGCGUCGCAAUCCGCACAACAACAGGAAGAGGCUUUGCCACCUGUCGUCGAUGUACCAGCUCUCACGCGACGGCACACGUUCGCAGGUGGUCCAUCUGCCCGAGUUUCUCCUCUCCCUUAUGGAGCAGGAGACAUUGCAACAUCACCACAACACGACAGUCUGCCAGAAAUGUCCGUACCAUCAUCUUCAUCAUCGGCUUCGGCGUCAUCCGGUAUUUUCCGUAUGGGUGCUCCCGCCAUGUCAGCGUCCACUUCCAUGUCAUCUUCUGCGGCUGCCAAUCGAAGUCACACACUUUCCAGCGGCAUGAGUAUAACCACAGCCUCGUCACUCAUGAGCAGCAGUCAAAAUCCACCCCCAACUGCUGCUGUUGCUCCGCAGGAGCCACCCCAAACGAUGACGGGAGACACUCGGCCAGAGCCCUCGCAUCGGGGGUUGGUUCAGGCGCAUCCAGUACAACCUACCGAUACGACAAACAUUGCUACCGCAGAUCCUGUAGACACAUCGGACCCUUCACGCCAACGCCAUCGUCUGCGUACAGCAGAGGAUGGUGAAACCAAAUUCUUCAAGCUGCCUCUGCGCAAACGACACUUCGUUUUGUUGGGUCUGCUGUUCUUUCUAUUGUUUGUGGGAGUCAUUGUGGCCGUUGUGGUGGUUCGUACGUCUACGAAAGUUACCUAUGACCCAAGCGUUGGAUUCCCAAAUGGUGCUGCGGCUUUAACUUUUAUUCCGGCAACGGAACGAGGGCGUGCCAUACAAGAACGGCUGGAUCAAGAGUUUGGCAUUCGCGAGGAAUUGGAGAUCUCGAAAUCGUUGCUCAGGCCGACCCAGAACCAAACGAAACGCGUUUCGUUGAGUCCCUACUCCAAGGCGUUACAGUGGCUGGUUACGGAAGACACCCUGGAUCUCAAUGCGUCAUCGGGCAAUCUUUUGCAGCGGUUUCUGAUGGCCUACUUCUACUUCCACACAAGCCAAGAAGGUCGAUGGGUGUCUUGUAAUCCGGCUCGAGGGAGAGAGAAUCAUUUUUGUUCGUAUCGGUAUGUCAAACCAUUCGACGAAGAAUACGACGAGUCUCCCUGGCAUAUUCGGUGGUUGAGCGGUGAACACGAGUGUGAAUGGGCAGGCGUCUAUUGCGAAGCCUCGCAAGUGAAUGAACUGAGCUUGAAUGGCUACAAUCUGUCUGGGACCUUCCCCGCGUACAUCUCCAAGCUGCGAAAUCUGACAGCCCUAUCAUUGCGUGAUAAUGGCUUCCGAGGCCGCCUCCCACCAGAGCUGUCAGAACUGUCCGGUCUACGUGUCUUGCGGAUGAAACGAAACUCUUUCACGGGAGACGUUCCAUCUUCGUGGGCUGUCUUGACGAAUUUGCUUUCGCUCGACGUAGCGUACAACUCCCUUACUGGAUCUUUGCCUGCAGUGGCGACAUUUCCCCUGGUCAAUCUGGAAAACUUGUGGCUUGAUCACAACUUGUUUUCGGGGGAGAUUCCGUCGGAUGUAUCGUUGAUGUCCAGUCUGAAACAAGUCCUCCUCAACAAUAACCGUUUCGAGGGACGCUUACCAGAGAUUAACACUCUGACGCAGCUUGAAUAUUUUGAUGCAUCAUCGAACGAACUGAUCACAGGAUCCUUACCGAGUGAGUUUGGUCUCUUGACCAAUCUCAUUGGCCUUGUCCUUUCCAACACACAGUUACAAGGGACUAUCCCCGACGAACUUUACAAUCUUCGAGAUCUCGUGCACCUCGUUCUGAGCGGUUGUAACUUUACUGGCACCAUGAGCCCCGCGAUUGGACGCCUGGGUGAUUUGCAAACGCUCAUGCUGGAUGGCAAUCGCUUUCAAGGCAGUCUGCCCAGUGAACUGGGCCGUUUGCGGUCCUUGGUUCAUGUUCAACUGCAGGACAACAGUUUCGUGGGCACAGUGCCAGAUUCCAUAUGUCAAUUGAAAGGUCCCAAUACAUUGACCGAGCUAGUGGCGGACUGCACGCCACCUGGUUCCACCGGAGGCGAAGAUGGCCAAGAAAGAGCACCUCUGAUUUCCUGCAAACAAGACUGUUGCUCGAGUUGUUGCGAUCCUGAAACUCAGAUCUGUGUUUGGAAUUGAGAGUCCACAAGAGAGAGAUGUGCGUUUUCCGUUUCCACACUCCCGUGCUGGCAGUGAGGAGAGUACUGGCUGUAUAUUCAUGUAUGUCUACUUCACUGUGGAUUUUAAUAAUUAGGUUGGCACUGGUACAAUGCCAAUCGAUGUAAACUAAACAUGUAGAAACCCUAUUGAGAUGCUGGACCGUCCAUCGCAGUCUGUGGGUACCGAUACACACGAAAGUGAGCGUCCUAUGGUCGUAAAUCGUUGCAAAAGGAACUGGGCUGCCUGCAUCCUGCAUCUCAUCCAAAUGCAGUCUGGAACCUUCGGAAAGGCUUGAAAAGACGCAAGACUCUGCCUGCUGCCUGCCUCCCAGUUGGAUCCAGUCCCAAACGUUUCAGUCACAGAGAGUUCAAGUACGACAUUUCACUGACACCGUAGUCACACUUGACGUCAUCAAGAAAUAAGAGCCUCAUCGCUGUGUGACAUAAAGUUAACGCACGCCAUGUUCGUUGAUUAGGAGGGGCGAUGGUUGUUAAGAAAAUUCUGUAACAUCCGAGGACCGGCAGGCUCGUCAGGAGAAUGACUCCCCAACACACAUUCAAUUUCCCC